AUGAUAUUUAACAUACUGUCCUGUUUGUACUUACUGGUCCUAACCAGCCAUGCUCUCCAACCAAAGUAUUCCACCUGGAUGCUGGAGAGCAUUAUCUCUCGCAGUGAAGGAAUCAAUCCAGCCGAUGGGCUGCUCGGCGUAAUCCAGAAGGGAUUGUUUCAAGAAUCCCUCCAUGCAGUUAUCCAACGCUCUACCGACGCCGCACAAAUCGCCAAAUGGAGUGCCUAUCACCGCCAAAGCGUAGACACCAACAUCGGAGACCUCCUCAACGCAUCCGCCUCAUCACGCCAUCUCUCCCUCGAUCGGCUGUGUAUCGGUCGAUCUAUAUUAGAGGCGCAUCUUGACACUCCGCUGCACCGCCAAACACUCAAGUCGCUCCGACGUUCACUAGAUCUGCAAUAUCGCAACGAAAACUCCGGAUUCUGGUACUUCGUUGACCCGCCGCCUCCAUACGAAGCAUAUGGCAAUCUCUCCUACAGCGAUGGGAUGUACGCCUUUGCUCCGUUUGCUACUCUCUACGGAUUUAUAUAUGGUGAUGAGAGCACCAACCUUGAUACUGCGCUGCGGCAACUUCAACUUCUGUACGAAAAUAGCGUACAAGCGUCUACUGGGCUUAUCUUGCACGGGUACGAUGCGUCGAGGGGUGCGCCAUGGGCAGAUCCUAUGACGGGGGCCAGUCCCAUCCUCUGGGGUAGGAGUCUGGCGUGGUAUAUGAUUGGGGUGGUCGAUACCCUUGAAAUCGUGGACAGGCUCUCACCAUCAAAGGACAGAAAGAUUAAAAUGGAGGAGGUAUUCCAGGGUAUCCUCGAUAUUUUCCAAAGACUGGCACACGGCACCGUACGGAUGAUUCUGGAUUCGACUCGGGUGACGGGUCGGUAUGCCAUUUGGCAGGUGAUGGAUCGACCUGGGGAGCCUGGAAAUUUUGUCGAGGCGAGCGCCAGUGCCAUGAUUUCCUUUGCGUUGGCCAAGGGAGUACGGUUGGGUUACUUGUCCGGAGAGACGGGACAUCAGGAGUUGUUUUUGCAGAAUGAUGUGCAGUUGAAAGAGCAUUUUUGGGGUGCCAAGGUGAUGAGCGUUGCGCGAGCGUUGUAUCAGGAUGUGCUAGAUCACUUUGUAGUGGAGGAUGAAGAGAAUGGUAGCCUUCAAUUCCAUGGUACGAGUAUUAUUGCCAGCUUGCACGAGGAGAAACUGGAUUACGAGUAUUAUACGCAUCGCGCUGUGAUGACGAAUAGCUUGAUCGGAACGAGUGCGUUUGUGCUGUCGAGUUUGGAAAUGGAGCACUGA